UUUCAUGUUCAUCCGUUGCUCGUUGCUCGUUGGUCGUUCAUUAAUUUGAGAAAUUUGAUUGGUGUGGACGUGUGUUUACUCCGAGUGGUGUUUAAAUUGAAAAGUUUAACUUCUGUGAAAUUUCGGAAAAAACCGCAUUAUCUCAAUUAAAUAUACACGGAAUUAAUCCGCCACAAUGGGAAUAAAAUUCCUCGAGGUUAUUAAACCAUUUUGCAGUAUACUCCCAGAAAUAGCAAAGCCGGAGCGAAAGAUUCAAUUCAGAGAGAAGGUGCUAUGGACAGCUAUAACACUAUUCAUCUUCUUGGUUUGUUGCCAAAUCCCGCUUUUCGGCAUCAUGAGCUCAGACUCAGCUGAUCCAUUUUACUGGAUUCGUGUGAUUUUGGCUUCGAACCGUGGCACACUUAUGGAACUUGGUAUUUCUCCAAUUGUGACGUCCGGUCUGAUUAUGCAGCUGCUGGCAGGUGCCAAAAUCAUUGAGGUCGGCGAUACACCCAAAGAUCGUGCAUUGUUUAAUGGAGCGCAAAAACUUUUCGGCAUGGUUAUCACGAUUGGUCAGGCUAUCGUAUACGUGAUGACGGGCAUGUACGGCGAUCCUUCGGAAAUUGGAGCUGGUGUAUGUUUGUUAAUUAUCAUUCAAUUGUUUGCUGCUGGUUUAAUUGUACUGCUGCUUGAUGAGUUGCUGCAGAAGGGUUACGGCUUGGGCUCGGGUAUUUCCCUCUUCAUUGCUACUAACAUUUGUGAGACUAUUGUGUGGAAAGCAUUCUCACCAACAACAGUGACAACUGGCAGAGGCACAGAGUUUGAAGGUGCUGUGAUUGCAUUGUUCCACUUGAUGGCAACACGCAACGAUAAAGUACGCGCCCUUCGUGAAGCUUUCUAUCGCCAGAAUUUGCCAAAUUUGAUGAAUUUGUUAGCUACAGUCUUGGUGUUUGCUGUUGUUAUAUACUUCCAAGGAUUCCGCGUGGAUUUGCCCAUCAAAUCUGCUCGUUACCGUGGCCAGUACAGCAGCUAUCCGAUCAAACUGUUUUAUACUUCGAAUAUUCCCAUCAUUUUGCAAUCGGCUUUGGUUUCCAACUUGUACGUCAUCUCCCAAAUGUUGGCUGUUAAGUUCCAGGGUAAUGUAUUCAUCAAUCUGCUCGGUGUUUGGGCUGAUGUUGGUGGUGGCGGUCCAGCUCGCUCCUAUCCAAUUGGCGGUCUGUGCUACUAUCUGUCUCCACCAGAGAGCGUGGGACACAUCUUAACCGAUCCGAUACACGCUUUGCUGUACAUUGUCUUCAUGUUGGGUUCAUGUGCCUUCUUCUCAAAAACGUGGAUUGAUGUUUCUGGCAGCUCAGCCAAGGAUGUUGCCAAACAACUGAAAGAACAACAUAUGGUUAUGCGUGGCCAUCGUGAAAACUCUAUGAUCCACGAAUUGAACCGAUACAUCCCAACAGCGGCAGCGUUUGGUGGUCUCUGUAUUGGUGCGCUAUCCGUCAUGGCUGACUUUUUGGGUGCCAUUGGGUCAGGUACCGGUAUUUUGCUGGCUGUAACCAUCAUCUAUCAAUACUUCGAGAUCUUCGUUAAGGAACAAUCUGAGAUGGGUGGCAUGGGCACUCUACUGUUUUAAGUUGUUGGUGCGCUGUAUAUUAUCUAAUUGAUGUUUAUGAGACGUGACUCACUCGUAGUAGGUUUGCUUUGAGCCCAACGACUACUGCUACAUAUGUACUAUUACUUGUUGCAUACAUUUGAUUUAAUUGUAUGUAAGAUCUACUCCUGUACGGACAGUUGAAAGAAAAAUUCAACAUUUUUUUCAGGUCCUCUACUCGCCACACAAAUCGCACACAUCCAUCAUUUCUAUAUAAGAAGGAAGUAUCUUUCAUCAUUAUUAUGAUUUUUUUUUAAUUACAAAUAGCGUCCAAUUUUGUGGUCGCCUUAGGGUGUUUCUUUAAAAUGUUUAAAUAUAUUGUUUUAUAUAUGCGAAACCGCAACGAAUCCAUUUAUAUGAGAAGUGGCUGCCACCUCUUAAAUAUUGUGCAAGAACAGUAACAUACACAACUUCAUUCAAAAAACAACAAAAACUAAAUAGACUCCAUAUGUUAAAGGUUUUUAUUAUUCCGAUUAUUAUAUUAAUUGUGCACUCGAUCACGCAUCACCUUAAAUGUUUUCCCCAAACACAUAUAAUUUGGUAGUGGUUGUCGAGCGAUGAUCUGUCAGGGCAAUCAAUUAAUGUAAUAAUAUGCAAUAAUAUUAAGGUCUACAUCAUAGUUAAUUUAUACAGAAGAAAAUGAAGUUAUAAUAAAAAAGCUAGACAUUUAAUAUUAAGUUGUAAUAAAAUGAAGAAAAGUAAAAAUUUUAAAAUUUAAUAA